CAUGUAUUUACAAAGCGUUGAAAUAUUGACAGCGAAGCUAAUAACAACAUAGAAUAUGUGACACUUUCGUCUAAAUAAUUUGGACUUUUGUGUUUGAAAAAAGAAAAGAUGUUUAUAAUCUCAUAUUUGAUAUCUAUUUAUUGAAACUUGAGUCAACCAAGCAAUGGUUGGAUUUAAUAAGAAUCAAGGUUUGGAAUAUGGAGAUUGAGAGAUAAAGUCGUAAUUGUUAAGUUUGUUAUCAAAUGAUGUUAUUAUAAACCAACAAGAAUAGUUGUUUUAAAGCCAUCUAUAUCAACAAAAUGGUGAAGGUAGCAGUUGUUGGCUGUGGAUUACUAGGAACAAAAAUAGCAGGUGAACUUGCAUAUCAUGGACAUAAAGUGAAAGUAACAGACAGUAAGGUAGAGAAUUUAAACAAAGUUUACGAGAAAUUACAAGAAGAUAAAAAGAUGUUAAAAGAUGAUGGAAUAUUGACCCAUGAUAAUUUUAUUGGUCAAGUAUUAUGUAUGAGUAGAUUAGAAGAAACUGUAAAAGAUGUGGACUUUGUUUUUGAAUGUAUUAUUGAUGAUCUGGAAAUCAAAAAAGAUUUAUUUCAACGAAUAUCCCAUUUGUGUCGACCAGAUACUGUGAUAGCCACAAAUACUCUCAGAUUAGAUGUAUCGGAGAUAUCAUCAAGAACAUAUUUACCUGAGAGAACAAUUGGUCUACGUUUUUUAUUUCCUGUUUAUUAUAUACCAGAAGUUGAAGUUCGAUCAGGCAAAGAUACCUCACACCACACCAUCGAAAAAACCCGUAAAUUUUUGGAGAAGAUGGGAAAGACAUUAUUUUUUCGAUCUGGAAUUCAUCCACUCAUCUUAACAGAGGAACAGAGAGAAGAACGUAAAAAGAAUCGUAUAGCUCAGAUUAAAGAAAUGAAUAAUAGUGGUCAUCAAUGUGUUUUACUUCCUCUUCUAUCACAUAGUGGUAAUAUUAAACCUAAACAAGAUGAUGAAGACAGUAUUGUACCUAGUGAUAUGGAUCGUGAUUGUGCUAUCUGUAUGGAUCGUAUAAGAGACUGUGUAUUGAGACCAUGUAAUCAUAUGGUGACGUGUAGUCAGUGUGCCAAGAUGUUAUUUAAUCGUCGAGAUGGGUGUCCGAUUUGCCGUAAAGAUAUUACAGACACCAUAUCAGUGUAUCAUUCGUAAAGAAGGAUAAUAAAAAUUCAACUUAAUAUCUGUGAUUUUUACUAAGGAUGUUCUGUCUAAAUUGAUUAACUGUGACAUUAUGAACAGUUGUAACUGAGAUUUUGCACUACCGAAUUCCACUUAAUAUCUGUGAUUUUUUACUAAGGAUAUUCUGUUUAAAUUAAUUAACUGUGACAUUGUGAACAGUUGUUACUAAGAUUUUCUCCUGUAAGACAUUUAAAUAGUGGAAAUAAUUUAUCAGUGGACUCGAUUAUGUGUAAUAUAUAUUUCUGUGAUUAGACUGAGAACAUCAAAAAAUGAUUUCUUAUAUUAUAUGCUGUGAUUUAAGAGGCAUGUCCAAUAAUUCAUGACCAUAUUGCAUUUACAUUUAAUCAUUGUUAAAGCUUGUUAUUUUAAAGGUUUAGUGGUGAUGAUUAUUCAUUUCAUAAAAUAGUGGUGAUAAUUAUUCAUUUCAUAAAAUAGUGGUGAUAAUUAUUCAUUUCAUAAAAUAGUGGUGAUGAUUAUUCAUUUCAUAAAAUAGGAAUUCUUAGAUGAAACUUUCUAUUUUUUCCAUUCUCUAUAGUAUAAUCAUAGCCCAUUGUACAAUACAAACUACAUAUAAAUAUUGAACAUGACACUGAAACAUGUACAAGUUUUAUAAUAAAAGGCUUGUUUCAGCUUCUGAGCAGUGACAUAUUUAAUUUAUCUCUCAGUGUAGUGUGCCAUGUUCAACCUAAUUUGACCAUGAUCUAUAAAUAUGUUACUGAUCAGAAUGAGGUGACAGGUUCAAUUCAAAAAACGUAAAUCUGGCAUUGAGGAGAGUGAUAUCAUAAUUUUUUACUUAUCAAGAAUCUAUGUUUUGUGGGGAGAGUGGGGGCAAUUUGUAGAAUUAAAUCCUCAGUAGAAAGUGUAUUUUAUGAUCAUAUGUAUAGGUUUUUGACAGAUAUUGUCUUUUCAGCGAAUUUCUAUUUCAGAUUGUACAUUUGUUUUCAAAUGUCAGAUUCUGCUUUUUUAAUGCGAUCGCGGAAUAUCAUCACCCUUAGAAGUUAGAAUUGGAAAGAAAUAUCUAACCCGUUGGAAAUUUAUCUAUAGAUGAAUAUAUUAAAUGAGAUAGAAUUAGCUAUAGAAAAGAUUUGUAGUUUCUGGAACUUGGUUAACUAUUGACUACCUGAAGAAGGAAUAUUUAUGACCACACUUGGAAAUAAGGCACCUAAUGUUAGACAAAAUUUCAGGCUUUGUCGGACACAGCCCUUCUGCCGCCAUACAAUUAUGUACUCCACAGAUUUGUCUUUUUUCUUUGUUUUAUUGAUAUUUUUAAUACCAAAUUCCAAAUUGUCAGGUAGUGGUUGAAUGGUGCCAGACAUUAUAUCACGUGCCUCUAAAAUCGUUACAUCCAGGUUUCAUACGACGUCAUUUCUGGAAAUUGAUCCAAGGUCGAAAGAUUUGCUUUUAUUAUUAAAUCUUAGUGUUAUUAUUAAAAGGUGUAGUGUUAAUUUUACUCCAGAAGAAAUUAUCUCUGUCUGUUUUACAAUGAAUGUGAGUCUAGACAAAUAAAUCACCAUUUUUGUCUAUAAUAUAUGGUAAUGGACUGUCUUACCGUUCUCUGAUCUUUGACAGUAUACAAAUUUUAUUCUAUUUUUUCCAGUCUAUUAUUCGUUGUAGUGAAGAUGGGAACAAUUUAUAUUAUUGAGAUUAUAUGAUUUGAUUUAAUUUCAUAGGAUGUGAAAUUAAGCUAGAAAAAUAAACUGGGUACUUAAUAUCAGAUUUAUUAAAUCCUAGUUUUAUAACAACCAUUGACUGUAUGGUCAUUCUUGCCAAAAAUAUUAAUACAGCUAUGGAGCAUUGAGAUUUUACCGUCCAAUUUCUGUUGAUUUUUUGUCAGUGAAUAGAAUCUUUACAGUGAAUAUACUUUAUUUAUUUUUAUUUAUUGUUUUAUAUUUUAUGUUUUAUCCAUCCCAAAAUAAAACAUAUACUAGUAUUAUACAAUGUUUGGUUGUGAUAUAUAUAGAGCUGUAAUUAAAAAGCAGUUAUGUGAGAGCAAAAUCUGGUUACAAAUGUUACAUAUAAAUUAUUAUCUAGAUAUUUAUUCACAUGACAAGCCUAUAACUCUCUAGACUAUCAGAUGUCCGAGAUAUUGAGUGGAAUGUUGAAAUAUACAUGCAUCUGAAUUUGUUUUCAAUAAACCCAAAAACGAAAGUAAAAUUUUAAAGGUAAACAAACCGACUUUGCUUAAACUAUUUGAACAAAAAUUUUGUUAUACAGAGAUUGUCCGAUAACUAUUAAAAUAAUAAACCUGAGAUUUUAUCUUGUCUUGAUAAAAUCUAAGAGAUUUAGUUCCUUUAAUUUAAUGUCUUCUAUUUGUUUUGGUUUUCUUUGAUACAUGUAUCAGUGUUAUCCGGCCUUAAAUGAAAUAUAAUAUAUUUGGUUGUGUGUGUGUGAUAAAUAUAUGUGUGUCUGUUAUAUCUGUUAUUAUAUUAUAUAUUCAGUAUUGUCAGAAGAUAUUAAACUAAAAUAAAAGUAUACUUGUGUUUUUAGUU